UAGUAGGGAUAUCCUGUCAACUUCUUGUCUUAUUAUUCUCUCCUUUUCCGAUAACAGUUGUAGAUCAAGAUGGGUGAAAAUGGUAGUGUAGGUCGUAUAAUCUGCUUUGGUGUGUGUGGUUUAGUCGUAGCUAUAGCCUUCAUUAGUAUAGUUUUAAUAGCUGUCUCAUUGAAAAAACUGGCGUCUGAGGAAAUCGGUCUAAAGUACGAUACACUGAAGAAAAAGUUAUAUGAUACCACUGACAGAGAAGGUUUACACUUGGGACCUCCUGGAUACAAUUUUAUCAUAUUUCCAAGUGUGUACAAAUCAAUCACAUUCGACGACUUACAAUGUUACAACAAAGAUGGCAUUAAAAUAACCCUAGACGUUACCUACCAAUAUAAAGUCAGAUCUGCCAACCUGAAGAAAAUUAUUUUAGACUUCAGGAACCAAACUGGCUACAUUAAAGUCCUUGAAUAUGCAGGAAGAUCAGCUUUACAUGAAGCUUGUAGCUUCUUCAAAACGUCACAGUUCCAGGCUGAACGCGCAAUCUUCCAGGAAAAAGUCCGAGAACAAAUAAUCAAGAGAUAUAAAGAACUUGAGGCUGAUGUUACUGACCUACAGGUGAGCAACAUAGCAAGACCACCUGAGUAUGAAAGUGCAAUAAGGAGUAAGGAAAGAGCUAGAGAAGACAUUCAGGUAGCGAACAAUGAACGUCCACGACUCCUGACAGAAGCACAUACAAAGAAACGUGAGGCUGAAACACAAGCAAAGAUAAUUGUUGAUAAAGCGGAAUCGGAUGCUCGUAUUUUAGCUAACAAAGCACAGACUGAAGCACAGGCCAUAAUUGCCCAGUAUGAGAAGGAGUCUGAGUCCUACAAGAAGAUCGUUGAUGCUAUGGGACUUAAUUUCUCAAUCGAUGGUUUUAUUUCCUAUCUUGGUGUACGAGUUAUCGCUGAUGCCAAGAAUCCUGUCUACAUUGGCUUGGACAGCCCAGCAAAAACUGUAUACCCUUAAAUACUUAUACUUUUGCAGCUCAGCACUUUUUCCUUUGUUAUUUGAGCAUAAACUUUAAGUUCAAGCCUUUUUGUUAAGUGAUCCAUUGAAUUCAUAAUAUCAGUUGGUCCUAAUUAGUAACAAAAGCUAGUAUUGACCUCAUGUUCCAAAGGUUCACCUAGCAAACAAAGCAAACUUAAAUUCUUUGUACACAUUAAUAUCAUGAUGCUGUAAAAUAGAUACAAAAAUAAAAUUCGCCAAAUGUAUAUAUAUAUAAUUAUUUUUAAAGUAUCAAAUUUUAAUUCGGCAUAGUCCAGACAAGUUAUGAAUCAACUUAGCAGGACUAUCAAAGAUAAAAUUGAGAAUGGAAAUGGGGAAUAUGUCAAAGAGACAACAACCCGACCAAAGAGCACACAAUAGCCGAAUGCCACCAAUGGGUCUUCAACGCAGCGAGAAAAUCCCGCACCCGGAGGUGGUCCUCAGCUGGCCCCUAAAUAAAAUUGUGUACUAGUUCAGUGAAAAUGGACGUCACCCUAAACUCCAAAACAUAUAAAUGAACUAAAAUUUAAAAACAUACAAGACUAACAAAGGCCAGAGGCUCCUGACUUAGGACAGGCGCAAAAAUGCGGCGGGGUUAAACAUGUUUUAUGAGAUCUCAACCCUCCCCUACAACUCUAGCCAAUGUAGAAUAAAGAAACACAUAGCACAGUAAAACUCAAUUCAAAAGAAGUCCGAAUCCGAUGUCAGAAUAGGUAACAAAAGAAACUAACUUUAACCAAAAAGUUAAUAUGAGACAAAUAAUAUUUAUUAUUGUCCACAUAAUUUCCAUUUCAAAAUGAGCGGCAUAAUUCCCCCAAAAAUAUUCUAUGAACUCUUAUUUUAGAACUCACUCGAGAUAUUGCUGAUUUUAACCUAAGACAUGAAUUCCACUUAACUUAGAUAAAAAAAUUAUGGCACGAGAGCGCUUAAGAUGUCAUUUCCGUAAAAUUUACAUGUAUCAUAAUCCCCCAAAUGAUUGCUCAGCCAGGUUUUUUGAACUCAUCAUAAAAAUUGCUCGUAUAAACAUCUGAUACAAAUUUGAUUGACUCUUGACAAGAGAACUGUAUGUGCAAGAGCGCUAACAAUGUCAAAUUUCGUAGUAUUUACUUUUCAAAGGGACAUAACUCCCUCAAAAUAAUCGAUUGGUCCUGAUUUUCUAAUCUAAUUAUCCUUUGAAAUGAAUUUGCGCAAACAAUGUUAUUAAGCCGGACAUCAUCAUUUACAUAUCCCCUAUGCACGGCGGGAAACAGAAAAUACUAUAAGUUAUAUGGUUCGCUACUGACCCCUACGGAUCCAUAGAGGGUUAGUAAAAUCCAUAGAGGGUGAGGCCGAAUAUUUACCCGCGGUGCGAUAAACGUUGAUAACCGGUUUCCGUAGGUUAAUUGGACUGUAAAAGGAGUCAUAUCAACGAUGCAAACAUACAGACCACCAAGUCAACAUUCAUUGUACCCGCUUCCCCUAAGCCUAAAACGGGACAAUACACAUUUUAAUAUUUAACCAAGUAACAAUCCAAUAUAUAACUAUCUAAAAAGGGAAGAGUGCUAAACUUUCAAGAUAUAUUUUUAAAAAUACAAUAUGUACACAUAAAAUCGUUAGUUUUAGGAAAACCAAAUUCAGCUGUUUUCCUACGGAAAAUUGGAUAAGGUGGUAAAUUUGAAGAAAACGAAUUAAUCCUAUGAUUUUUUUUUAUUAAUUUCUUGUUUCUAUCUUAUCAUCUUUUUUAAACUUCUCAAGCUAUUCUUAUUUUGUCGACUUUUUAUACCCACUUAUAUAGGAAACAACCUGUAUGUCCGCCUAUCAGCACAACUCCUCCUAAGCGGCAAGACCGAUAUAGAUGAAACUUUUCACAGCUGUAUAAUACUACACGGGGAUGUGCUUAAAAGAAUAUAGUCCAAGUCCAACAUGUUGUAGAGGAGAUAAUAGAAUUUACUUUUUUCAAGCAUACUCAUAGUCAAGGAUGAGCAGAAAAAUCAAACAUAAUGAAAUUGUAGUUUUUAAAGUUGAACAGAAUAAAUCAAUAUCAAUAUU